AUGUCUGCCGAGAUAAUUUCAGUUCUCGGGACCGAAUACAUUCAAAAUUUGAAGGUGGACAAUGAACAUGCGGGCAAUAUCAAGGGUGAUACCACCGAGGUGACAUACAUUUCAAGCCUUGGUGGGAUCUGCGCAAUACAGCUAUCUGGGCCUGGAGGGGAUUCGGGUUUGAUUGGGAGGAUACCUGCUACGAACUGUAUUUGGUACGGAAGAAUAAGAGGCAAAAUCCCUAGUCUCACAUGCGGCAACAACGACUUAAAUUGCACAACCAUAUCAGUUUCUGAUCCUUCUUCGCAACAAUUGCAAUGGGAUAAGCCUGAAUUUCCAUCUGCUCUAGAAGAUCCGGAUGCUACACUGUUUGAUUUCGAUCGAGACAUUGUACAUUCUACCACCAGAGAUCCCAGACGGCGGUUCUUCAGAUACCUGUCUGUAUUCGACCAGGGCGAAUGUAUAAAGGGCCUUUCUGUGUAUAUGUCUAGAAAUAGUAUAGUUGGAUUAGGGGCCCAUUUCACACGGCGCUCACAGUUUUCUGGACAUCAAUGUGGUUGCGAGCUUUACUUUCCGCUACAUGACGGAGAGCAGAUCGCUUAUGCUUGGCUCCGUUUCCCUAAUGCAUUCGCCGAGCCGGCGUUAAUGAUUCAGACAACGAGUGAGAGAACCCACACCUUUGGGCCGUGUAUUGCCCCACAUCUGGCCGCUGGUAACUCUUUCAAAUGGCUUCUUUUGGGGCAAGAAGGAUGUAUCAAGGGGCUCUACUAUGAGAAUGUCAACUCCGGCCAGACAAUCAGGAGACUAGGGGUCAUUGGUGACGGUACAGCUACGAGAGCUGCUCCUCUCCCGCCUCAAUAUCACAUUUGUGAAUUUCCCUCUCCGCUGGUAGGGAGUCUAAAUGGCGAUCUCUUCUUAUCCUCAGCUGUGCUGAAUGAUUUGAAAGUCGUCGAUGUAUGCCAUGUCAAUGAGCGAUGUACUGGCAUGUUAAUAUGUUACCACAACGAUCGUACUGUUGUCCUUGGGCAGUGGUACACAUCGGGUUACUCCCGACGCACCCGCAUAUAUCGCGAUGGCGGGCCAACUGUUACUAAUAUCUAUUUCAGGAUAUCAAAGUCAAGUCAGAUUGUCACUGCUAUUGACUUUUCCUCUUUAGUGGUCGAGACAUCAGAUGCUGAAUUGCAUACGUUUAGUAUAGGAGAGCACAUUGCUUGGUGGUUCUCAGGGCGCCACGACAAAAUCUUGCCGUGGACAGGACAUACCUCACAAAUUCCAGAGAAGAGCAUGCUGAAACAGCAUUUAUAA